GCCCUCGUCGCCAUUAUUUGUACCGCCUCGUUUUUAAAGCUCCAUCAUCUGUCUGUCUCCUACCACCACCCACCACACAAGCGUAUGCUCUAGGUUUCUGCUAAUCACAAUGCGUUUGUCGUCGUUCUUUACCACCUCUUCUGUCUCUUCCGCUUUCUUGGUCGCAUCUUUCGUCUCCUCCGCCAGUGCUCAAGACCGCACUACAGAGACUGCUGAGGCUGCAAUCACCAAUGGCACCGCAGAGUGCGUUGCCUAUUGGUAUCCCCCCGUCUCUGAAGCGGCAUACAACUUCCCCACGAACUGGCAGCCAGCUUCCAUUCUCUCAAACGACACAGCUGCGAAUGCCAAAUAUAACAGUAUCUCGAGUCAAAUCCCCAACAUCGCACCCAAGGGUACUCAACCGGCUUCGCUAGAGGGUAACUUCUCAGGCCUGUCGUACUCAUCGUCCGACCCAGACUGCUGGUGGACAUAUGAUCAGUGCACGACUCCAAAGGUCGCUGGACUUAAGCCUGACAUGGCGGGUGUAUCUGAGCCUGACACACUUGGCUACGGAUUUGAUGAUGGCCCCAACUGCUCCCACAAUGCAUUUUAUGAUUAUUUGCAAGACAACAAUCAAAAAGCCACUAUGUUCUACAUCGGUAGCAAUGUUAUGAACUGGCCUCUUGAGGCACAGCGUGCCCUGACUGAUGGUCACGAAAUUUGCGUCCACACAUGGUCUCACCGUUACAUGACUUCGUUGACAAACGAGCAGGCCUUUGCGGAACUCUAUUACAGUAUGCAAAUGAUCAAAUUGGUUGUCGGAGUUACCCCCACCUGCUGGAGGCCCCCCUUCGGUGACGUUGAUGACCGUAUCCGCUGGAUCGCGAACGCUCUUGGACUGAAGACAAUUAUCUGGCAGUAUGACUCCAACGACUGGAAGGCUGGUAUCGAUGGCAUUACUGAUCAAGAUGUUGACGAUAACUACAUGAAUUUGAUCGCCCGUGCUCAGAAUGGGACAUUCAGCACGUCCGGCACGAUUAUGCUGACCCAUGAGCUCAACAACUUCACUAUGUCUGAGGCAGUUAAGUUCUAUGAUCAGUUGAAAUCAGCAUUCAAGUACCUAGUUCCUAUGGGAGUGGCCAACAACCAGACCCAGCCUUACGUUGAGACCAACUACUCGCUGCCUACCUUUGAAGCUUAUGUCAGCGGUACCACUGUUGUCACAGGCGGGACACCUCAAUCGAACUCAUCUGGAUCAACUUCUGGAUCAACUUCUGGAUCGACCUCGAGUCUGGGAUCUAGUGGCAAUUCUACCACCAAGCCUUCCAGUGGUGCGGUGAGUCAGGUAGUCUUCAGCAAGGCGGGCGCGCUCGCAGCAACGAUGGCGUUCCUGGGAGGUGUGACGAGGGUUUUAGCAUAAAUGCUUUUCUUUUCUUCCCAGGGUAUCUGCGUUUGAUGUCGUUUCCUUCUGUUCAUUACUGCCUUGUCGGUGUUACCCUGCACGAUCUAUGCCUUGCGUAUUUAUCGCCAAACCCUCCCGCAUCGGUUGGCCAGCCGUUAUGGACACUCGGUCUCUUUUUGUUAUUCCAUUUUUGUUUUCAAUACCCCCCUACCCUGUUGCCCUGUUGCGUAGCUGGAACAUAUCUGCGCUAUAAUUAUCAGUGCUUUUACCGCUAUGUGCAUGUCCCACUCCUCACACGGUUCACUUGUUUUUGGAUUAGAAUUCUCAAGGAUACGUUUUGGAACAUCACUACAGUAGCAAGGAUCCUCAAUCACAUUGCUUAUUU